AUAGAGUGGCAGAGCUCAGACACCUGCAGCACAUUUAAAAACACAGCUGAGUGUGCAGAUACAAUAGUCGUCUCUACUGAGCUUUGUCCAUCUGUCAUCAGCUAUGUCUGCACACAAGAGCAUUCUGCUUUUCAUCACUCUUUGGGCUUCAAUGCAGGACGGUUUGGGUCUUCCAGUAAUGAAACAACUGGAAGAAGCUGGUGAUGGAACCCCAACACAAAGAAUCAGGACCAAGCGCUGUGCUUGCAUGAGCCAGCUGGACUCUGAGUGCCACUACUUCUGCCACCUGGACAUCAUAUGGGUCAAUACACCCAGUAAGACCACAGUUUAUGGUUUAGGCAGCGCUCUGACCCGGCGCAGAAGGUCCACCGGCCGCUGUACCUGUGCCAAACCUCAAGAUCAAUUAUGUACCAACUUCUGUCAACACAGCCCUGAGAUCAAAUCUAUGAAGAGUCGUCAACUAAACAUCUUCACCAUCCUAAGAGCUUUGGCGAGCAGAACCAGGAUGCAGCUCUCUGAGGCUCAAAGUAACAACACUCACUAAACAAAGUGGCUGUUGAGCAACGAGCGCGACAGAGGAAGAGGACAGCGAGCAGCUGAACAAAUGACGCUCCUUUGAUGGAGAGCAGGAGGAGGAAAAAACAGGGGGCUGCUGAAAGAUGAGUCUGAUGCAGGAAGGCCGAAAAGGGCCGCAGAGAUGUUUGUACCUGGAGACACACGGUGGAAAAACACAACAGUGUUGCACGGACUUAUCACGGAAACAGAAGAGGUGGUCCAGCAAUGAGAUGAGCCAAUACUAUAUCAGGGCUUGAAAGUGCUGCUCCUCUGAGUGCCAGGCUGGGCAGAGAUGUAGAUACAGGCCAGCAGCACUGGGUCACAGCGACAUGGAUACUGGAAGAAUCCAUCGUUUCAGUCACAGUUUUGUUUUAUGAAUCUGAGAUCUGUGUAUGUUAUUAUGUGGUAGACCUUUGACAAAGAAAGUUUUGUAGAAUUAUGAAUUACAACACAACUAUCAAGCAUUUUAUUGUGUGCGGAAAUUAAAUCUGAAUUGUGGCAA